CAGCACCACUAGCAGUGGGCACUGCGUUGGCGAUAGCUGUGCUGCUGACCAUUUCCGGCUAUGGUGGAUGGCGACGCCAUGACCACCUCGCACAUCUUGUCCGCCGUCGAUCCGGCUGGCAUGAGUGGCACAACAUCGAAUAACAACAACAACAACAACAAUUUGACGAAUGUAAAUGGUGACAAUACCAGUAGUGUUGGCCUAUCACAUCACAGCGCCCACACCAACAACAACAAUGGCAGCCAUUCGUCGAGCGCACAUUCACCACACGCACAGCACACACAUCACAGCCUCGCUACCGGUGGCAGCGGUAUUAGCGGCGGCGGCGGCGGCGGUCUUAUUCAUGGCAUGGGCAGCAGCAUAAAUCAUCUUGGGGCGCCGUUGGCGGCAAAUCGGAGCCCCGGCAUGGAGCGAAAUCUGCACGUCAGCCUGGAUGAUCGUGAAUUAUGGCUACGCUUUCAGAAUCUUACCAACGAAAUGAUCGUCACGAAGAAUGGCAGACGCAUGUUUCCAGUGGUUAAGAUUAGCACUUCCGGUCUGGACCCAGCCGCCAUGUAUACAGUACUGCUGGAGUUCGUGCAGGUGGAUUCACAUCGUUGGAAGUACGUUAACGGCGAGUGGGUGCCCGGUGGCAAGGCGGAGGUACCUCCUGCGAACCCUAUUUACGUGCACCCGGAAUCACCGAACUUCGGCGCACACUGGAUGAAGGAGCCGAUUUCUUUUGCGAAGGUGAAACUGACCAACAAGACGAACGGCAAUGGCCAGAUUAUGCUGAACUCGCUGCACAAGUACGAGCCGCGCGUGCAUUUGGUGCGUGUGGGUUCAGAGCAGCGCCAUGUGGUUACCUAUACAUUUCCAGAGACACAAUUCAUUGCUGUAACGGCCUAUCAAAACGAGGAGGUCACAUCGUUGAAGAUCAAAUACAAUCCAUUUGCAAAAGCCUUUCUGGAUGCAAAGGAGCGUCCCGAUACGCUGUAUUCUCAUGAGGCACCCUACGGAUGGCUAAUACCGCCGCCAACGCAUUACACCAGCGUUGCACAAGCGCCUCCACCACCGCCACCAAGCUUGGCGGUAUCGAAUUCUCCCCUAGGCAUGGGUUGUGACCGCUAUGGACGUACGCUCAGCAGUCGCAGCAUGUCUGCACAUACGGCACGCGCUUCACCUUAUGCACGACCGCGUUUGACUUCAACCACUCCUGGGUCGAGCUCUCCCGGACCUGGUAAUUCUGGCGUGAUGAACGGCAGCACUGGCAGCGCUUCGCCACCGCAGCAGCCACCUUCAGCGCCACACACUCCGACAAGCCUACAAUCCGCACAUACCACCAACUUGGGCACCAGCGGCAGCAAUGUAGGCAUGACCAGCUCCGCAAAUCCAGUUGGCUCCUUUUCAGGGUUUUCCAGUUCCUAUACACAGUCCAGCUUCAUGCCGGUGGAGCCGAGUUCCUCGAUGUUCUCAUACGCGGGUGGCUGGCAAGGCAACGGCGGUUAUUGGAGUUCGCCGGCAGCAGUGAGUGCCGUUCCGCCGACAGCAGUGCCGGUAAAUGUAAGCCAAAGCAGCAACGGCGGCAGCGGCGCUGGUCGUCCGAUUUCUGCACACAACUCUCCAUCUCCGACAAAUGGUGGAUCGCCGAAUUACACCAGUCCAUCGCCAGGCUAUACCAUUCACCACCUCACAUCACACCCGUCGCAUCAAUACAAUGUCGCACAGUCAGCGGCGGCAGCAGCUGCACAUGCAGCUGAUAUGUAUCAGACCAGCACGCCCUCACAGUCCUAUGGUGCACCACCAACGCACCACCAAGUUUACCACCCAACGCCCACCUCGCCCUCGCACCAGUUGUACACGAACGUAUUGAACGCGCCCACGGCGCUGAGCUACGCGGGUACCUCGUGGCACAAUGGCGGCGGCGCUGAGUAUGGAUUGUAUCAGAACGCAGCAUAUGGAUAUCAGCCGGAGUACAUACCGCUGGUAUCGGAUUUGGGUUAUACCUCACAUCCGCUUGAACCCAUCGAUGUUCCUAAAUCACUCGAAGAUCCACAGGCUGCUAUCUAUAAGUCGCCCCCCCAGCAGACCAGCAGUGAAGGCGGUAGCGGCGGCGAUGGCAGCUCAGUUCUCACUUUGGAAUGCAGCAAUUUGAAAGUCCACUCGCCUUCGGUUGCCGUAAAGUUAGAGACACUGGACAGUGUUGUGCCGCCCAGUCACGAACGUGCAUCGGUGGUCGCCACUUCAGCUGUAACCGCCAGUCCGACUACGUCGAGCGGCACAUGGACGCCACUCACACCACCACAGAGCACGCUGCAGUAGAAAGAAAGCUGAGGAAGUGGACAGAAAGCCUUCAGAAGCCGACUUGUUCAAAUAAUUACUUACAUACAUAUGUAUAUAUUAAAGAGCCUAUAGUUUGUAUAAAUUAUUGAGUACUAGAAACCUAAACUUAAAUAGGUUUACAUGUUUUUUUUUUUAUUAUAGUAUGCAACUAGUUAUAAAAUAAUAUUUAGUUGAUAAACAAAUAUGGAAAUUUGUGCUUAUUUGCUUAGAAAUAACUUGAUGAACUGUAUCUAAACUUUGGUUGAGAAGAUGAAAUAAAUAGAUUUAGUAAUAAAUUAUACUCGCUAUUGGCUAAUUUUAUUCUAU